AUGGGUCAACUGUUGGAUCGCGAUGUGCUAGUGACCCUCAGCAUAAUACUACACAUUGUCGCUUUAGCUGGUGCUAAAGCCAUCAUCGACCAGAAAGCAGAGGAAACACAAAAUAGUAAUGUUCAACAGGAGUCGAUUAGCGCCCAGAAACGGCUGGGCUACGAGUAUCCGGCACCCGCUGUCCCGGUAACCUUUGACGAACAUCACAUCGAACCGGAACCGGUCGUGGACAAUCUCCAGGUGGAACCGGUGGUGGAGGAUCAUAUUCAUCACCACGAGGUCGAGGAACAUCAUGAACAUCAUGAACACCAUGAUCCCGGGUAUUGGAAAAAGAAACUAAUAUGGAAGGAAGGGUGGAAGAAAAUAUGGAAACCCGGAAAGAAACAGAUUUGGAAACCGGACUGGAAGAAAAUCUGGAAACCCAUCUGGGUUCCGACGCAGAUUCCGGUGUGGAAGGAUAUUCAGGUGCCAGCUUGGAAGCAAAUCUGGAAACCAAUAUGGAAGGAAAUUCAAGUGCCCGCAUGGAAGGAAAUACAGGUUCCAGAUUGGAAAAAAAUCUGGAAACCAAUCUGGGUUCCAAUAAAAGUACCCGCUUGGAAAGAAAUCCAAGUGCCAGCGUGGAAACAGAUUUGGAAACCGGUUUGGAAGGAAAUUCAAGUACCCGACUGGAAGGAAAUUCAAGUUCCAGCAUGGAAGCAAUACUGGUACCCAGCGUGGGUGAAAGUUGGAAUACCGGGUGAGAAAUAUCUAGGUAAAGACCACGACGGUUGGGAAUACACAAGCCACGAUCUUUGGAAGAAAAAAUUAGUUUGGAAAUCGGCAUGGAAAAAGAUCUGGAAAACCGAACAAAAACAAAUUUGGCGAUCCGAUAAAAAACUGGAGUGGAAGGCUGCUUGGAAGCAGAUUUGGCGUCCUGCUAAGAAACAAAUUUGGGUUGACGAUAAAAAACUAGCGUGGAAGGAAGCAUGGAAACAGGUGUGGCGUACUGAGAAGAAGCAGGUGUGGGUUCCUGAGAAAAAACUUGAAUGGAAGGCAGCCUGGGUACAGAUUUGGAAACCAAGCAAGAAAUUGAUCUGGGUUCCAGACAAAAAACUGGAAUGGAAGGAAGCAUGGAAGCAAAUUUGGGUCCCCGGAUGGAAGGAAAUUUGGCUACCAGCGUGGAAACAGAUUUGGAAACCGGUGUGGAUUUCCGAAUGGUUCCCCUCUCCGGAUCCACAUGAGCAUCACCACCAUCAUGAAAUCGAACAUGGUUGGGAUCGUAAAGAUGCCGCCGAGUCGAAGGUGGUUUUCAAACGAAGUGAAUCGGUGGCCGCCCAGCCAAAGGCCGUAGAGGCUGUCCCUGGGGCUGCGGUCAACAUUACGCCAGCGGUAGUGAAAACCGAUGCAACGGAAAACAAGUCCGAUUUCCGGUUCCCCAAAUCCUGA